AUGGGAGAGAGCAACACUCAAACAACUCAUUUUGUUUUAGUCCAUGGUUUAUCUGCAGGAGCUUGGGUAUGGUACAAGGUGAAGCCAAUGCUUGAGGCAGCUGGCCACUCUGUCACCGCUCUUGACAUGAGUGCAUCUGGAGUGAACGCAAAAACACUUGAAGAAGUUCGUACUUUUGAUCAAUAUAACGAACCCUUGACCGAGUUCAUGGCCAACUUACCUGAAGAUGAAAAGGUUGUAUUGGUGGGGCAUAGUUUAGGUGGCUUAAACCUAGCUUUCGCUAUGGAGAAGUUCCCAGAGAAGAUUUCUCUAGCAAUUUUCGUUACAGCAAUCUUGCCUGAUACUCAGCACCGGCCAUCUUUUAUGUUAGAGAAGUUUCUCGAGAGCAGUUCGCCAUCGGUGGGUGCAGAAGAAGAGCAGCAAAACACUUCAUCCACGCUCUUUCAACUUACCCCCAUUGAGGAUCUCACUCUCCAAGCGCUUCUAAAAAGGCCAGAAUCAAUGUUUUUGGAAAGCCUGUCCAAGGCGAACAAGUUCACUAAUGACAGAUAUGGAUCAGUUCGGCGAGUUUAUAUUGUUUGUACUAAGGAUUUAUUGCUUACUCCAUCAUUACAGCUUUCCAUGAUUGAACAAAAUGAGGUUAAGGAAGUGAUGCAUAUUCCAGCAGAUCACAUGGCAGAGUUUUCUAAGCCUAAAGAACUCAGUCAGGGUAUACUGAAAUUGGCACGUAAACACGCUUAG